AUGGCAGUUAGCCUUUUGGCUGGUUUGAGCAUUGGAUUCGCCUAUCUUUUUAUCGCCUUGUUGGGAAGUUUCACUAAUGGUCUGGUCAUUCUAGCAUACCUAAAAUGGAGCACGCUGCUCAUGAAACAACCCAAAGAUAUCCUAAUUAUUAGUUUAGCUCUUGGUGAUUUUGUGAUGUGCGCAGUCAUUUGUCCACUUGGAUUCGUUUCUGCAUUCUCCCUCAAGUGGGUGUGGGGUUUUAGUGGUUGUAUGUUCUACGGCUUCUUUUCUACCUGGGUUGGGUUAGCAAACAUUGCUCAGUUGACAUGUCUCGCUCUCGAGAGAUACCUUACAAUAUCAAACUCAACACCACACGCUGUUUCCAUGAAAAAUUCCUUCAAGAUGAUCAUGGCUUCCUGGUUUGUUAGUUUUAUUGCAAGUGGUUUUCCAUUGGUUGGCUGGUCACGAUACACUUAUGAAGGUUUCGGUCUACAUUGCUCAAUAGUAUGGGACUCUGGUGCUCCAUUAAACAGUAGCUACGCGUUUCUUUUACUGUUCUUCUUUGUGCCAGUUGCAGUGAUAGCCUUCUCUUACGGAAAAAUAUUCAUCAUUGUUCGUCGUAUGUACCAUAACGCUGAUUCAAGAUGGGGAAGCGAUGCGCAAGGGACUCUUGACACGUUUAACGCACAAGUUAAAGCAUCAAAACAGCUCCUUCUGAUGAUCGCGGGCUAUUUAUUCGCCUGGACGCCGUAUGCAGUCAUGUCUACGUUAGUCACAUUCACUGACAUCCAAUAUACGUUAGAAUUCCUUGAAUACCCUUCACUUUUGGCAAAGUUUGCGAGUGUUUAUAAUCCACUUCUAUAUUUUUUUUCGUAUGAAAGCCUUCGCACAAAAGCUAAGGAUAUUUUGCGAUGUAGAAGUGACAAUCUUGUUCACCCUUAUACUUUUAAUAUUUCUGGUAACCACUCCAGAGGAAUAGCUCCUUGUUCCAAUAUAUAG